UAUCUUUAAAUAAUUGCAAUUUAGAAUUCUCAAUAUUUAAUCAGUAUAAAUAAAAUCAAUGUCCGUAUCUGUUCAAAACCUAGACAUAAGACCAAGAGUGUGCACUGCAUUGAAAAAAGCUAACAUCCAUACUGUGAAAAAGUUGUUUUCAUUUUCAAAAUUAGAGCUGAGCAAAAAGACUGGUUUGGGAAGCGCUGACAUAAAUGAGGUAAUAUUAACAGCUGCAAAAGCUACGUUUGAUCCAACCCCGAAACGUUUAUUAGACGUGUUAAAAAAGACUGGAACAACAAACAGUUUGCAGCACUUUAAAUUAUCAACUGGUUGCCCAAGCAUUGAUAAAUUUUUAAAUGGAGGUUUGCUCUACCCAGGGGUGACUGAAAUAUGUGGUGAAAGUGGAAGUGGAAAGACACAGUUUUGUAUGCAAUUAUGCUUAAAUGUUGAACGGAAAAGUAAGCAUUGCUCUCUAUACAUAUGCACAGAAGAUGUUUUUCCUCACAAACGUCUGCAACAAAUGGCUUCUUGUUUUUACCAAAAGAAUAAAGAUGAGAUGAACCUUACAAACCUAUCUGAAAUUACUGAUAACAUUUUCAUUGAGCAUGCAGCUGAUUUGGAUGCUCUUAGGGGUAUAUUGGAUGUUCAACUCCCAGUCAUAUUAUCUUCAAAGAGUAUAAAGCUAAUCGUGAUUGAUUCCAUUGCAGCUCUUUUUCGUGUUGAAUUUAAUGUCUCUCAGAUGGCUGAACGUGCAAAGGUUCUUGCCAAGAUUGGAUCAGUUUUGCACAAAUAUACGCAUCAGUUUCAAAUCUGUAUUGUUUGUGUGAACCAGGUCAUGGAUGUUUUUAACCAAAGCAACGUCAACAGCCAUAGUUUACAGAAAGUAAUGCCUGCUCUUGGCCUUACCUGGUCAUAUCAUGUGAACACAAGGAUUUUACUGUCUCGAACACACUUUACACUAUCAAUGUUCCAUCCUGAUCAAAAGUUGAAACUUGAUCCAAUUGUUAGAUGUUUAUCCAUAUUAUUCUCAUCUCAUCUUCCUUGUUCGAAAUGUUACUACAUUGUUGAUGAAGUUGGUGUAAAAGCAGUAGAAAUUCCCAGCUUGCAAACAAACGCUUAAUACUAUUUUAAUUGCAUUGUUUGCUCAUGCCUAAAAGCAAAAUCUUUUUAUUUUUUUUGUUGUUACUUAUAAAUAUAUAUUUUUGUUUUAGUUAGAACUUGCCAUUGCACUGUAUAUUAAAGCAAUAAAACUUAUGAUCUUUUUUUUACUAAAAGGUUUUCCCUUCUAAGUAGUUUAUUUUCUUAUGUAAAUCUUACAUUAUAAAUUUUUUAGUAAAAACUUUAGCAUAAACCUUUUCAGUUGUAUUCUGUAAAUAAUUGUUCAAGUGUUAUUUGUUGUGUUAUUUUGGUAUUUAAUGUACCCACUGCAGAGGGCACAAAAGAAGAACACAGUACCCUCAUAGCUUAAAAGACAUUAUCCUAAGUCCGAUGUGAACUUUGACAGGUUUGGAUUCUUUGUUACUUUAGAAAAACAACAUUCUUAAUCGUUUGUGGUUUCGAUGUCUGAAAUUGCACCAUUUUUUGUAAUAUAUUAUGUCCCCCAGGUUCUAGUUUUUGCGUUGCUUUAUUUCUUUCAUUCUCAUGGUAGUGUUUUAUAAAGAGUAAAAACAAGUUGUUUUUCUGUUUGUUUUUUUAAUGUUAUUUUUUCAAAUUUCAGCAUUACUUGGAAAGGUUAAAUACUGUCAAUAAAAGAUUAAGCACCAUGUAUGUUUAAACAUGUUUUUCCUUAGGAAUUUAAUUUUAAAGGGGGAGUCUUCCAAAAUACCCCUCUUCGAAAGGGGUAUAAUACUUGUGCAUGUGCCUAUUCUGUACUGUAUUUUUCAUUAUGAAAUCUGUAAAUAUGCCAACAAAAAUGUUAUAGAGUAUAAACAAUUGUUUUACACUUCCAGAAUUAAUCAGAAAAAUUAGUCAAAAAAGUUUAAUAUUUUCUACUAUUUUUUUUAACAUUGCUGGUUUUUUAUUCACAUGUUCAGGUUUAUUUCAUGCUA